UUGCCUUUAUUUGUUUUUGUAGAUAUAUAAAAAAUGAGUAAUGAAUCUAGUGCUACUUCACCAGUUGCAUCAUUAAAUUCUGAGUAUGUACCUGCUGCAGCAGACCAAGACAAAACACCAACUGAGGUGCCAUCAGCACAUGAAGAAUCUAAAGCAUCAUUACAUAAACAACCGUCUCCUGAAAAAGUUGUGGAAAAGAAAACCAAAAUAGACGUGCUGUUAAAGGCAGCUGGAGAUGCACCAAUCAUGAAAAAGAAAAAAUGGGCAGUAGAUGCAAACAGACCUAUAGCAUAUUUAAUCGAGUUCAUACGAAAAUAUAUCAAAUGUGAACCUUCGGAGUCGUUAUUUUUAUAUGUCAAUCAAACAUUUGUGCCAUCACCCGAUCAACUACUCAGUAAUUUGUUUGAAUGUUUUGGUACAGAUGGGAAACUUGUGCUACAUUAUUGUAAGUCACAAGCUUGGGGUUAAAUAUCUUUAUGUUUAUAUUUUUAAGUUUAUUUUUUGUAGCUUUUAAUUAUUUGUGUUUGUUUUAUGAAAUUGUACUUAUUGUUUAUUUUAGCCUGUGUUUCAUUGUGCAAUUAUUAAUUUGCUUUAUAUACAUUUUUGUGAGUUAAAACACUUUUGCUUUGAAGUAGCUGGAACAGAAUAAAUUGCUCAAGAUGAUGAAUGUAAAUGUCAGAUGCAAAGGUUCUGCUUUUAAGGUAGGCUUCUGAAGAUCGAAAUGCCAUUAAAUAAUUUUUUAAUUUUUGAGUUUGGGGCUGAAAGAGAUGAUUUUUUAUUACCAAACUUUGAUUGGGCUUAAAUUUGUUAUUUUUUUAUUGGAUCUUACCUUAGGGUUCCAUGUUCAUGCUCAUUUAGACGUUAAUAAGGUUGUGUAAUAUGCAUUUUUUAAUGGAAUGUUACGUAAUUAGGUUUUGUGAAGGUAUUAAAGAAUCUUGAAUCUCAAAGAUUUGUUGCAGAUAAUGUGCAAACAUAUAUAGCAAUAAAGGUCACUGCAGGUUGAUGUCAACAAUAGAUAUAGUCAAGUGAUUUAAGGCAAGAGUUAGACCAGACAGAACAGUCAGAAUAAAAUCAAUUACAGACCUUUAUUUAAUGAGCAAUUACGCCUUAUAACUGCAUAUGGAAUAUAUUUAUGAUAAACAUAAAUCUCUAGUUGCAAAGUUGCAAAAUAUUUUGUAAGGCAGCUAACCAGUAUUUACAUAUGUUUUAAUUGCCUGUUGAUACAAAAGGUUAUGUUGAAUUUAAAUAUAACGUGCUUAUGAGUGGACAAACAGUUAUAUUAAUUGUUUUUUUAUAAAUGUAAAACUGCCUGC